CUGCCAUCGAGACCAACACUACAGCACUGUAUACUGUAGUGUGACGUUGUUAAUUCAGCCAGGUUGUGUUCAUGCCAGUAAUUUUAUUAAUAUAUUGCUGUUGUUUGAAAAUAAGUCCAAAAGAAAGAUCGUGGAUACAUGGCUUUCGCCAGUUUAUCACAGGAAGCCUCUCUGCAGUCUGUACAAAUUACUCCGCCUGGGUCCAUAGGUGAUGAGGAGGGAUAUGAUCCGAACAUAUUUGUCACGAGCCCUACAAAUUAUAUAUGUCAUGAAUGUCAGAAAGUGUUACGAUCACCCAGGCAACUAGAGUGCGGUCACCGAUAUUGUAAUAAAUGCUGUGAAAAAUUACUUAGCCAAUCAGACAAUCCUGUUUGUCAAGUUGAAGACUGUAAGGAACGUAUAGACCAUGAGGAAAUAGUCAAAGAUCAUGUAGCAAGACGGGAUAUUAUGUUACUACCAGUUUUUUGUGAAUUUCGAAACAAAGGUUGCAAUAAGAAAGUAAAACUCAAAAGUUUACAAAACCAUCUUCACGAAUGCGACUUUACUGUUAUUUACUGUAUUCAUAAAAAGAUGGGAUGUACUUUUCAAGUUGAAAGAAGGUUUUUAGCGGAACAUUUAGCAUCACAGUGCCUCUAUAGUACGGUAAGUGUAAAUAUUGUGAAGAACAGUUUUCAAAAGACAAGAUAGAUAUAAGUAUUAUCACAUUUAUUAAAACAAAUUCACGGAAGGUUACCAAG